GCUCGCCUGGUGGCUGCUGGGUGGUGGGUGAGGGAUCAGCUUUCUCUGCUAGUUCCCACCCUGGCAGUCUUUAGCCCCUGGAAUGCGAGAAGGAGAAGCUCAGGGACUUCCAGAAGUGGGGCGUAGAGGCAUCGCCCGGGAAGGCCUGGGAGCAAAAGAGACUGCUAGUUGGAGGAACCGCUGGAAGCUACCGGGGAGCAACUGGUGGGGACCUUUCUUGGGCCUCCUUCCCUCCGUGGGAUGCUAUGGAGUUCCCAGAACACAGUCAGCAGCUGCUGCAGAGCCUCCGGGAGCAGCAGUCCCAGGGUUUCCUUUGUGACUGCACCGUGAUGGUGGGUAGCACCCAGUUCUUAGCCCAUCGGGCUGUGCUGGCCUCGUGCAGCCCAUUCUUCCAGCUUUUCUACAAGGAGCGGGAACUGGACAAGAAGGAUCUGGUGUGUAUUCACAACGAGAUUGUCACAGCCCCUGCUUUCGGGUUGCUUCUGGAUUUUAUGUAUGCUGGCCAGCUGGCCCUCAGGGGGGAUACCCCGCUGGAGGACGUGCUAGCUGCUGCCAGCUAUUUGCAUAUGAAUGACAUUGUUAAGGUGUGCAAGCAGCGGCUGCAGGCCCGGGCCCUGACGGAAGCAGACAGUACCAAGAAGGAGGAGGAGACCAACUCACAGCCCCCCAGUUUGGAGUUUUUGUCCAGCACUUCCCGUGGCCCCCAGCCUUCCCUGGCAUCUGCUGAGACAUCGGGCCACUGGGGCAAAGAGGAAUGGAAAGGCCCAGCCGUCCCCUCGCCUAACGUCCGCCCUCCAGAUGAGCCACCGAUGCUUGGUGGGGCUGAUACCACGCAGCCCGGCAUGGAGGUUGACUCACCACAUCUCCGGGCACCUCCCGCACCAGUGGCUGAUCUCUCUCUUGCCAGCCCCAGUAGCUCAACGGAGACAAUUCCUGCAAACUACUUCUCUUCUGGUCUCCCAGCUGUUUCCGUGGAGUCCCUGACACCUCUUGACGUGGGCCCUGAGAGUCUGAGGGUGGUGGAACCGAGGGAGACUGGAGGACCAUUGCAAGGCUUCUAUCCCCCAGCUCCGGCCCCGGCCCCGGCUCCGGCUCCGGCUCCGGCUCCGGCCCCGGCCCCAGCCCCAGGCCCGAUCUCAGCCCCAAUUCCGGCCCAGGCUCCAGCCCCAGCUGAAGCUGAGCUGGUCCAGGUGAAAGUGGAAGCUAUUGUGAUCUCCGAUGAGGAGACGGAUGUUUCGGAUGGACAGCCCCAGGAUCCUGAAGGACUGUUUCCACCUGGAGGAGCUGUUUAUGGUGGACAACCCUCCCAGCCAGAGGCUUUUGAGGAGCCAGGGGCAGCAGGACUGGCAGAGGUGGGGCCGAGUGACCACUUCCUGCCUCCUGACCCUCAUCUGCCGUACCAUCUGCUGCCAGGCCCGGGGCAGUAUCAUCGAGGACUGGUGACCUCUCCCCUGCCUGCACCCCCAGCCCUGCACGAGCCACUUUACCCGCCUUCUGAGUACGAAGCAACCCCAGGAAGCUUUGGCGUUUUUACUGAAGAUGUUCCCACCUGCAAGACGUGUGGGAAGACCUUCUCGUGCUCUUACACACUGCGGCGACACGCCACCGUGCACACCCGAGAGCGACCCUACGAGUGCCGCUACUGCCUGCGCAGCUACACGCAGUCAGGGGACCUCUACCGCCACAUCCGCAAGGCUCACAAUGAGGACCUGGCCAAGCGCAGUAAGCCGGACCCGGAGGCUGGCUGCAUUCUAGGCGUCCAGCCCCUCCCGGGCUCCCCGACAGCAGACAGGCAGAGCAGCAGUGGUGGAGGGCCACCCAAAGAGUUUGUACUUGGCCCCAAAAACUGACGUUUGGGGGUGCGUGAACUGAUGCCAGCCUGCACUUGCUGCCCUUACGUGGCAUCUCUCUGGCUGAGUGACGGCGUGCCAGUACUGCCAGGUUGAAAGUUCCUACCUUUUCUUUGCUCAGCCAGCUACGCAGGACAUUAUGGGGCAGAGUGUAUCAUUCCGCUCUCUCCACGUGCACGGGGAAUUCCUUGAGGUGUGAUUGCUUCUCAACUCUAUGUUUUGAAAUACAAAGCUAGCAGUG